AUGGCGAGUGGAGACCUCCUCCUAGAGAUCCGUGAUAGCGAUCAGCACACCAGACUGAACAAGCUUGUGGCAUUCGGAGAAACUCCUGUAACAGUCUCAGCACAUCGUUCUAUGAACACAGCACGCGGAGUCGUGUCUGACUCAGAUCUUAUCUACUUGUCUGAAGCCGAGCUCCUCGAAGGCUGGAAGGGCCAAAAUGUUACGAACGUACAGCGCAUAGUCAUCCGACGGGAAAAUAAAGAAAUCCCUACAAAACACCUGAUACUAACCUUCAAUUCCAGCGACUUGCCACAAACCAUAGAAACUGGGUACACAAAAACACCAGUCAGACCCUACAUACCAAACCCUCGCCGAUGCUUUCAGUGUCAAAGGUUCGGCCAUGGCUCUCGAAGCUGCCGUGGUCGACCCACCUGCGCAAAAUGCGGAGCUCAAGGCCACGACUCUGACAACUGCGACGCUGCACCUCACUGUGUGAACUGUGACGGUGCACACGCCGCAUACUCCCGAUCAUGUCCAAACUGGAAAAAGGAAAAAGAAAUUAUCAGUCUAAAAGUCCGCGAGAACAUCUCCUUCAGAGAAGCUCGCAAAAGGUGUUCGCCAUUCCACACUCACACCUAUGCUGAUGCGGCGCGCAAGGGGGCAGCACCGCACCAGCCUCUGCCUCACCAACGACCCGCUAGAAGCGAGCCGUUGGCUAUGGCACCCGCCCCCGUGGUGGCAGUAGCUAAGGCUGCUCCACCCACUCAGCCACAGAGCCUCGCGACUCCAGGGUCGUCGAGUCUCAAGACUUCGCCUCGUCAGGCGAGGUCUCCAACACGAACAAAAGGCCCGCGCCCGCGGGCAUCCAGUGCCUCCCAGGAAGUAAUGGAGACAACUCCGGCACUUCCUGGGCCGAAAGACCGGCGCGGCUCUCAGGACCGCGCCAGGAAAGCCAAAAAACCCGUAACGGGGCCGGAUGACGGUCCUGCUACAUAA